GCCUGGAAGUGCAAAAUGCCGAAAAAAUAAUUUCGCUUUUUACUUGCGAAUGAGACAAAAUGUCGACAACCCGUGCAAACGGCAGGCCGACAUGCCCGCAUAGAUUUAUAGCGCUAGAACAGCAGCCUUGUCCAUUAACCAAUUUGGCCAACACUCUCACUUUCAGUAGUCAACUUUUCUCUGGCCUGUUGUAGCCUCGGCUAAGCACACCUCCUGGACAUUUGCCACUCUAGCAGCAUCAUACGCACCGUCAAUCACCUCGAACCCCUAAUCAUAAGCACUUACGCUUCCCUUUUUCAAUAUGGCGGAGUGCGCCCAAUUGUGCCUUUUUUGUGGUUGUCCGAUUUCAAAUAUUUACAAGGAGAUCGAGAGAUACGAGGAAUUGGAACCAUUUGAGGGUCUCCAGCGUGGUGACGCUACUUGGUUUACAUGGGGAGUUGCGCUCUUCACAAAUUAUGUAUCAUACCCGGGAAGGAUCGGUGGCCAGCGCCUUUUAGUGGUGGACGAGGUUUACCGAGGGGAUAUACCAAAACCAGGGGCCACUUAUGAACCAGAUGAGUUGCCGGAUUUUGAGGAUGCAGCAGAAGACUCAGAUGAAGAUGCCCCUCUGGGACCUUUUUCCACGAGUGGCUGGAUCGGUUUGUACAGAAAUACAGAACACUGCGUUCCGCUGCUAUUCUUCUUCCGUCACUUACUCCGAGAUUCCUUGAACCCAGAAUUUCAAGGACUGGAUAACUGUGCUGGUUCCGCUGCCAUUGUGCACCAUGCAUGCCUUUGGCUGGCGAUAGAGUGGAAAAGUGCUGGAGGCAUACAAGAAUUCUUCAUGAGCCCUACCGGAUCCAUUCUUGAAUGUUCGUGCCAGGGCUAUAGCCGCAGCUGGACAGCGGGAUAUUUCGUGAGCCGUGAGAACCAGAAGGAUGACGACGCUCACCGUGAUCAUAAAUGCAGGGAUCGGAGGUCGAAAGAAGAAUCGGUAGCUAAAAUUGGCUGGAGCGGGGCCAUGUGCGUUGACUAUGAAGCAUUCAAAACAGGGAACAGCUGGGCCCGAUGGAUGGAUGAUGAGGAUUAUAGCUCCGACAAAGCAUGGCUGCUGACCAGACCUGAUCGGUUUCCAGCGCUCCCAUUGGUUGCAACCACGGGCCUUUCUGGCGUCGAGCAGCGGCAGCAGCAGCGUUCAGAUGUCCUAGCGAGAUUGCCAACAGAGAUCAUACUGGCGAUACUUGAGCUUCUCGUCGGCGACGACGAGCGCAGUCUCCUUCGUUUGCAAUCAACGAGUCAUUACUGGCGUUCCUUCUUCUUGGGAGACACUGGCUUGCCUCCGCAGGCAAUGCAGGCGCUAUAUCGCGAACGAUGUGUUGCUCUCGCAUGGAUCCCAACUCCAGUGGAUAUUCAUCGGCGCGCAAAGCAAUUUAACGCAGUUUUGGAGACUGCUGCACCCGGAACCAUUGACUGGAAAUCGUAUUACGUAUCCUGCUCCACAUCCCCGAGUAUGAGAAACAGAAACAGAAUAUAUCGAAAGGUGUCGGAUGUGUAUGAUUUGAUCCAAGGAGGGGAGCGACGGCGAAGAGCAUUCAAUUCAUUUGUGAAGUCAAUGUGGGCGCAAGGAUAUACCGAGGACCAAUAUCAAAUGAUGUGAGGGGUACUUUGUUAGGUGGCGGGCCAGCAAUUCUUGGAGGGUUAGGGUUAGGGUUAGGGUUCACGGUGCUUUCUAUUAAGCUAUAGGUGGCCCUAUGGAUUAUAUCAACAGGUUUCUUACCGUUGGCUUAUGGCAGGUUCCCCAUCGGUUUUGGAAGUGGAACUCUUGGUGUCGGGAGGGCAUUCAUCGUUUCAUGUCAAAUACCUCGCAUGGAACACCCCAAUCCUUAAUCUGUCGGGUUCUCCGCCAGUCCGAUCAUUCCAAAUAUCAUUAUGUGGGCUCACUAACCAGUCGCAGAGCGAAAUGGCGUAUGUUACAU